CGCUGAGGAGAUGGGGGCCCCUGAGGCGCUGAGGGGAUCGGAGUCCUCCUGAGGCGCUGAGGGGACCCGGGCCCCGCUGAGGAGAUCGGGGCCUCCUGAGGCGCUGUGGGGACCAGCGCGGGGCUCUCGCGCGGGGCGGAGGCGAGCGACGCGCCGACCCUCCCGGGGACUGAGGCAGGCUUCGGGCGGGCCGCCGCCUCGCUGUGUUCUGUGGAGGCGCCGCCGUCGGCCCCGGGAGCGGUGCCGGGAGCAAAGCGCCGAUCCCGGGGUGGGGGUGCCCCUCCACCUUGCCGAAACAGGGAGGGGGUUCGCGGGCUCCAGCCUCCCUGUGGUUGCUGGCAGCCCGUCCGUCCCGUGUGUGGGUGCGGGGCAGAGGCCAGGCCGUCACCCUGCCCGCCCGACCCGGGGGUGCGGGGAUUGGGGUAGGCAGAGCCGGGCUGAAAAAGAGUUUUGGCCCUCCCUGGGGAGACGUGAUAAGUGUCGGGAGAGCACCCUCUGAGGAGGGCGCUUGGCGUACAGCUUAUCGAAAGGCAGAGGUGUCGCACAGGAGUGUCCAGGGAGAUCGUGGCCUUAGAUCUUAAACUCUUCUAGUGCAGCAGUGACCCUGUGGGUGCCAUGCUCAGUACUAAUGAAAUGCCAUAAAAUAAAUGGCAGCUGUUUCACCAUAAGAAUCCCUUAUGGGUAGAUUGAGAAUAUUAAGGUCAAUGGAGUUCCGUGAGAAUGUGGGGUUUUUUUACCUAGACCUGAUACUGACAACAAAUCGUUUGUGGAGCUGAGGACUGAAGAAGAAAAAAAGAAAGUAGCUUCCUAAUAACUUGCUGCUGUAGGCCUGGCAAUAAUUAAAACGAAGUGCUCAGGCAGGUUCUUGUCUUUAUACAACAAACUGAUCUUGUCAUUCAGGUUGAAGUUAAGUGUAGCUUGAGCUGUCCUUAUUUUUAAAAAAAAAAAAAGUGCACUUCCAUGAAAUUAAAAUGUGGAUUCUUCAAGUGUAGAGAACUAAGGACUUCUGGAACAGUGACAUGAAGGAUAAUUUGGGUGCUGGUAUAAAAGAUGAGGCUGAAUGAGAGCAGGACAAAAUCCUUCCAGGCUCCUGUCACCAUCCAUAAUUACCCAGGCAGGCAGGUAUACGUGUUUCCCAGUGGCCGAUCUGAUUCAGAAGAGUCAUCAGAGGAGGAACUCAAUGUUAUGGAAUUGCGACCGAGGGGCAAGGAGCAGCGAUGCAGCGCUUCUCGGGACAGAGUUGGAGAUGUGGUACUUCUGGAACGAGUGAUUACAGAGGAUGAUAAUCUUAACAAGCUAGCCCUGCAGUAUGGUUGUAAAGUUGCGGAUAUCAAACGCGUCAACAACUUCAUCCGGGAGCAGGACUUGUAUGCACUGAAGUCCAUCAAGAUCCCGGUGAAGACCCAUGGGCUGUUAACGGAGAACGGCAGAGAACUCCGGCCUCUUCCAACUGCACCCUCCCAGAGUGGCCUGACGCUCGUGGACUUACCAGAGCCCAAUGAUGUUGCAAGCAGCUCUGCUGAUGGCAGACACUUGAGUGACUACUUCAAGGGGAUUGACAAGAGCAUUCAGGACGCGGUGCAGGCAGAGGUGCGGCUAAACACAGAGUACUGCACAGAAGUACUGGAGAGACCGCUGCCUGAGUCAGGGAAGCCAAAGACCAGUAAUGGUGCGGACUGUGGCAUCCAGUGGUGGAAUGCAGUUUUUAUUAUGCUCCUGAUAGGAAUUGUCCUGCCAGUAUUUUAUAUCAUCUAUUUUAAAACACAAGGCCUGGUGGCCCAUACCUCCAACACAACACUGACCUCAAAUAUUUCAACAGAUGGAUUGGAAGGGAAAUUACCACAAAGCUCAGUUGUAGAAAAAAAAUCCUAAGGGCGGGGGGGGCAGCAAAACACAGCCUCUGCUCCCAGCAUGGAAGCCCAUAUGCCAGUGACUGUGAGUUAAGUGCAUUCAGGGGGAUAACAAUACAGAUUAUUUUUAUUUUUUUAAGUAGCUGAUGUUGUAAUCCUGAACUUGAGUGAAAGUGAGGUGAUCUGAUUUUUAUGGAAGAAUAAGGACACUUUGUUGCUUAUAAAGAUCAUCAGGCAGCUUGGCUUAACAGUCAUGAACUCUGUUGAGGAAAGUAGUUUGUAGCAAUUUACUCAUCUUGUUGCUUCAGGUAUUUCUUAAUGCUUUAUCCAAGCAGCAAAUCCUUUGCCGCUGAGGUAGAGUGCAGUAUUAAUGUGAUGGAAAAGUGUGUGCGUGGGGGUGUUUGUAUUUUAAGAAAACACUUUGCUUACAGGAGAAGCAGGGACUUUUUUUUUCUCUCUGAACUAUCAUUUUUAUCUCUCACAGACCAUGGCAGUAUUGGCAUACCUAACCCUAAAAUGAUGACGUCUAGUGUGUUAAGCUGUGCGUGCCACGGCAUGAGGACACGUAUGCCUUUUCAUCCUUUAGGGCAAGUGUUCAAGCUUAAGCUGCUUCAAGCACAGUCCUGGGAAGAGUGAGCCCAGACCUCUGCCUCUUGAUGAAAUCCUUCAGAGACUUGACAUCCAGAGUUUCUGCAGGCAGAGCUCAUUGCAGGCUCCACGCUUUCGCCAGGGUAGUGCUCACCCAGAGCCAGUACUUCAGCAUGACCGCACAUCAUGGACGAGGGUGUGAGUGUAGCGUGAGGCCUGUGGUACAUAGUAUGUGCUCCUCAGAGGCUCAUUUGUUGAGGGCAGGUCUAGCCAGUAUUAAUUUUUAAAGAAAAUAAUAAUCAGUAAUGGUGUAUCUCAAACACCCAAUUUCAGUCAUGGACUUGAGUUCCCUUAUUUGUAGUCUUCACGUGAGAGAGCGUUGUUAAGUUGCAUUUAAUUUGCGGGGUCCAUGACAGCAGCCCUGCAUUACCUUAGACACAGAAAGAAGUGCAAAUCCUUUACAGGAUGGGGUGAUUAAGCUGCUGCAUGUUAAAUGUUUCUGAAAAUUGACAUUUGAUUUGCAUUAGCAAUUUCAGAGUGCGUAGGACAGGCCAGUGAAGCUUUGGAGGCUGGUGGUGUCCUGAGAUGUUGGUGAGCCUGAGGUCUGUGCUGUGUAGGCUGAGUCAGUAAACACUACAUGUUAGAGGUGAGCAGAAGAAUGAGGCUUUGGGGAGCUUUGCUGCAGGGAAGAAUUUGCCUCAGAAAUUUAAUUCAGGGACUAUGGGCAGAGGUAAAUGCUCCCCUAGACCCAAACACUAAGGUAUUUUGCAGCACAGUUGUGUGAAACCUGGCCAGGGAUGGGGUAAUGCAUGAUAUAAGUAGCAGCCAGAUGAAGACAGCUCUGUUUCAGUAAGGUCCCAGCCUUUUCCUGGGCCACUCGCACAGGGCUUGGCUCGUCUCCUGCCGUCAUUCCUGAGGGUAAGGGCAGAGCUGGUGGAUAAAGCUGUUGAUGUGUGUCCCCCCCCUCCCCACCCUGUGCUGGCCCCUCCUGCCCCAGUUGCCUACAGAAAAAGGUGCAGGAUCCUUCUCGCCAUGCAGGCAGCAUUGGGGCAGAGGAUGGCAGCGUGUCGAGAGACCUGCUGCCACCAAGACCUGCUGGGGCACGAGCAAGGGCAGCAUCUUCUGCCAGGCCACACCAGCACUACCUUGGAGUGGUGAGGGGCAGGUUUGGUUUUUGGAUUUUUUUUUGUUGCUGACAGCUCCAUGAGCAAAGAGCCCUGGUGCAGGCUGCUGUGAUACAGAGGCGAUCUCUUCCUGGCCCAAGGAAGAGCAGAUCCAUAGCAUCUGUGUGGCAGGAGGGGAAACGGGAUUGAGGCUUCUCCAGCAAUGUGAGGAGCACCACAAGAAGUAAGCAGAACCAGGUGAUGCUAUAAUGAUAAGCUGCCUUUCCUGCAACCAUCAAAAUACAGUGCUCAGGAAGGCCUGAGGGAACCUAAUUUUAUAGACAAAGACUCUGUCUUAUACUGAACAAAAUCUUGUAUUUUUCUUCUGUGAAGGAAAUGUAUCUCUUUGUUCUAGGGGGGAUUAUUACAUUUUUAAAUAAAAUAAACUAAAAGCA